ACUGCGGUGCGGCCAUCAGUUGCAGCGCAAAGAAGAUAGCCUAUACAUAUAUAUGACAGCUGAUGUGUUGGCAAACAAGCAAAAGUUGUGAUAUUAUCAUUUUUAAACAGUUGCUGUACUGUUAAAUAGUAUUUAUUGUGCCCUUUACACUGUAAAAGAGUUUGUUGUGAAAUUGCUUUAUUUCUAUAUUUAUACGUAUGUAAGCCUGUGAAUUGAGAUUUGGAAAUUAAUACUAUAGAUAAUCAUGUAUAGUACAUUAAGCUGUAAUAUAUUAUCAAUAUCAAGGAUUACAACUAUUCCCAAAGUUGUAAGAGUUGUAAGAUAUGCCCAUCAUACAUGCAAAGUUUUGGUCAUUGGUGGUGGUACCGGUGGUUGUACCAUGGCUGCAAAGUUGUCUAAAAAAUUUGAUAAGAAGCCAAACCAUGUAAUAGUUAUUGAACCUAGUGAGGUACAUUAUUAUCAACCUUUGUAUACCUUGAUAGGAGGGGGAAUUAAAUCAUUUGACUCGUGUAAAAAACCAAUGAAAAACUGUUUACCUGAGAAUGCUCAGUGGCUCAAAGAUAAAGUUAUAUCUUUUCAGCCAAAUGAAAAUAAGGUAAAAACUGGUAAUGGGGAUAUUGUGCAAUAUGAACUGAUGAUUGUUGCAAUGGGCUUAGAGCUGUAUUGGGAUAAGUUACCUGGACUAGUGGAGGGUUUGAAAAAUCCAAACUCACAAGUCUGCUCUAUUUACGGCCCUGACACAGUUUCAAACGUUUUUGGUAAGAUAAAGAAUACGAAAGAAGGAAAUGCCCUAUUCACAUUUCCUAAUACACCCGUGAAAUGCCCUGGAGCUCCUCAAAAGAUUGUUUACUUAUCUGAAGAUUACUGGGCUCGUAAGAAGAAAAGGGAUAAGGUUAAUGUCAUUUACAACACAAGUUUGCCAGUCAUUUUUGGAGUUAAAAAAUAUGCUGAUGCACUUUGGGGUGUUUGUAAUAGGCGUAACAUUCAAGUCAAUGUGCAAACUAAUCUUAUUGAAAUAAGGCCUGAUAAAAAAGAAGCUGUAUUUCAAGAUCUGGCAAAACCAGAAUAUAAGUUUACUAUAAAUUAUUCCAUGCUUCAUGUAACACCUCCAAUGGGACCACCAGAGGUUUUGAAACAAAAUAAAAUUUUAACCAAUGAUGCUGGUUUCCUUGAUGUCAAUGCGAAAACUCUGCAGCAUAAUAAAUUCAAAAAUAUUUAUGGUCUUGGAGACUGCACUAAUACACCUAACUCUAAAACAAUGGCUGCAAUAGCUUCACAAAGUAAAGUUCUUUACAAAAAUAUAAUGGCUAAUAUAUCUGGAAAAGAGAGUAAGGCUGUUUAUAAUGGCUAUGCAUCAUGUCCACUGGUUACCGCACCUGGAAAAUGUAUACUUGCCGAAUUCGAUUAUAAUUUGACACCAAGGGAAACUUUUCCAGUCAAUCAGAGCAAGGAAUUAUUUUCUAUGUAUCUUUUGAAAAAGUACUUUUUCCCAUUUUUAUACUGGAAUUUGAUGCUCAAAGGUUACUGGAAUGGACCAGAAGUAUUUAGAAAGUUAUUCAGCAUUGUUAAAAAGAAAGAUCCAACUACUGAACCUGCUAAAAAUUAAUUUUGCAUAAUAAUUUUUUAUUCUAAACUGAUGACAGUACUUUGAUAUAAUCUCAGUAUUGAAAACUGUAAGCUUAUGCAACACCUUAUUCCUGUUGUAUGCAUAAUUUAUCACGGAGUUGGAUAGAUGUACUAAUAUUAUGAACUCGCACAAUUCAUUGCAUAAUAAUUGUAAAUAACGCUAGAUUUUACAAUUUGGAUAUAUAUAUAUAUAUAUUUUAUAAAUGCACAUUAAUAUUUGCUACAGAAUUUUUAUUAAAAUUUGUUAAAUUUACUUCUCAAAUUUUAUACGCUAUUGCGGUGAAAAUAAAAAGCCGAUAUUCAC